AUGGGAAUCAUUGAUGAUAUUAAGGACACAUUGUCCAAGGCGGUGUUUUCCCCUUCUACUCUGUUAUCCGGCCGAGGCGGGCUGCACAUGGCUCAGAUCAUUCUGUCUGUGGUCACCUUUGUCCUGGCUGCCUUCAGAGGAGGGAGCAGCCAUACCUACUGGAACUACGCUAUGUUCACCUGGGCCUUCUGCCCUAUCAUGACCCUCAUCAUCACCAUCAUUGAGAUGUUCAAGCUCGAUGUCAUACUAGAUUUGUUUUGCAUGAACUGGGCUGACUUCACCACGGGGAUGGCCAUGUCCUCUACGCUCAUGACCGUCUCUGUCGCCAUCACCUACGCCAACUUCUACGCCUGUCUGAAAUGCCCGUACGGCUGGAUUGUGAGCAUUUUUGCCAUCUUGUGUGGCUUCGUCUACACACUAGAAGUGGUGAAGGACAAAUUCCUGGAGAAGAAGAAAGCGAGUUACCUGGCUGCUCUGCCUGGAUUCUGGAAGGUUAUGGAGGCAUUUGUGAGCUGCAUCAUUUUUAUAUCACUGACUGGUUACAGAGACAAGCCAGCUCUGAUCUUGUGUGUCGUUGCAUACAUCAUUCCAUUCCCCAUCCUGCCUUUAAUCAUAGCCACCAACAUCCUCAAGAAACUGAAGAAAUGUUUGCCCUUUAACCUGGACAGGUUCGUGUUCAUAUUCCUGGUGAUCUCUGUUUUGCUGUAUAUAUUUGCUGCUAUUGUGUGGCCCAUUUUCACGUUCAAGAACAACCCUCGGCCCAGUGAGUGUCCACCCAGCUUCUGUAUCUGGGCCAUACAGUUUAUGGUGACAUUUAUGACUUAUGUGAAUCUUAUUCUUUUCACACUGGACCUCAUUUUUACCCUGCUUGGUAUCUGUGGCUUUAAACAGACAUAG